AUGCACUGCUAUGAGGACUUGGUCAACUGUCUCAGCUCUGGGAUCAUCCUGAUGGGACUCGGGCACUUGGUCCAUCACAGGAAGACACAAACCUCCUAUGGGCGCCAUAUGGUACUCUCUCCUCCAGCUAGGACAGUCCCAGCCAGACUAGCCUGGUUCCUCCAGGAGAUACCAGCUCUCCUGGCGCCCCUACUUUUAAUGCUUACCUCGCACAAACCCUCCAUUACAGGGAAGCACCUGCUGCUUGGGACCUUUUGCACGCACUACUUUCAAAGGACAUUUGUCUAUUCCCUACUGACCAGAGGAAGGCCUUUCCCACUGGGUGUGAUGGUGGCAGCAGGUUUCUUCUGCACUCUGAAUGGUUUCCUGCAGGGACACUACCUGUUGCACUGUGCUCACUUUGAUGAUGAAUGGUCAGCUGACUAUCGCUGUAAAACUGGUUUAGUGCUGUUUUACGUUGGAAUGGCCAUCAAUAUACACAGUGACUAUAUUCUUCGUAACCUGAGGAAACCAGGAGAAGUAAGUUACAAGAUUCCUACAGGAGGUCUGUUUGAAUAUGUGUCUGGUGCCAACUACUUAGGAGAGAUCGUGGAGUGGUUUGGCUUUGCUGUGGCCACCUGGUCUCUUCCAGCCCUCUCAUUUGCUGUCUUUAGCCUGAGUUUCAUUGGACCAAGAGCCUAUUACCAUCACAGGUUUUAUCAAAAGAAAUUCAAAGACUAUCCCAAGUUACGAAAGGCUUUAAUUCCAUUCAUCUUCUGAGAGAAAAAGCACCUGGCGGUCAUCUUGUAAGGGCAGACAAUGAUUGAACCAACGGCAGAGGGAAUCUGCACUCAUUUUACUUCUCACUUGGUGAACUUGGUGCACACAGGAAGAGAUUUUGUGAGGAGAAAUAAAGUUAUCCAAGUAGUAGAUGUGCAAUAAUCAAAAUAACAUAUAUAACAAAUAACACAUCUCUGUACAGUGACUGUAAGUUGGUUCAGAAAUCACCAGAUGUGGUCUGUCAGAGUGUCUACACCAUGUCAUAGAGCACUGUGAACAGUUACGGUGUUAGGGUGGAACAUUUGAUUGCCUUUGGUUAGACUUUUUAUUUACAUAGCUGUUUAUCUGUCAGUUUAUCUUACCAGUCAGCAAGUUCAGACUGGUCAUUUUUUGGAUUCAGCAAAAUGUAAUGGAAAAAAAGAGCGGAAAAUUCCAACAGAAAAAUGCUGGUAGUUUGUUGGUGCUGUACUGGCAACAAAAUAUG